AAAAAUAAUAAGACAACUACAAAGUGAAGAGACGAAUGCCACUCUGAAAUCGCUUUUAUAAAUUGGUGAUUUUGGUUAUUCAUUAUAAAGUGAAAUUCCUUGUGCUGGGUGUUGAGUCAGUGCUCAAUUAGUAGCUUACAAUAUGGAGCGACGAAUAAAACUCAAAACACUGAACAAGCAUAUUACAUGCGAAAUAUGCAGCGGAUAUUUCAUCGAUGCCACAACUGUCACAGAAUGUCUUCAUACGUUUUGCAAAAGUUGUCUGGUGAAGCACCUGGAAGAAAACAACACUUGUCCCACUUGCGAAAAUGUCAUACAUCAAUCACAUCCGCUGCAAUACAUCAGUUUUGAUAGAACAAUGCAGGAUAUUGUCUACAAAUUGGUACCAAAUUUGUUGGAAAAUGAAACCCAGCGAGAGCGUGAGUUUUACAAGUCCCGAAACUUGCAAUGCCCGAAGGACAUGCCCCAGCAGCAGCAGGACGGCGACGAUAAGGCGAACGAGUUGGCUCACCAGGAAGCCGAUUAUCACCGGAUGGACGAGCAGGUGAAUGUCUGCCUGGAGUGCGUCAGCAACAACCUUCGACAUCUGAAGCGCCGGUUCAUACGGUGCAGUUCGCAGGCCACAAUUACGCAUCUGAAGAAAUUUCUCGCUAAAAAGGUUCUCAACGGAAUCGAACGGUACAAAGAUAUUGAUAUAUUAUGCAACGACGAGCUGCUUGGAAAGGAUCAUACACUAAAGUUUGUUUAUGUUACACGAUGGCGUUUUAAGGAUCCUCCUCUGCGAUUGCAAUACCGUCCACGAGUCGACAUAUAAGCUGCAAUUAUUAUUUUUUUUAUUCAUGAUGAUUGUAUUGUAUUUCCCUUAUUUGUAUAUAUGAUACAAAACGUGAAUUAUGCAAUGAAAUUUUCAAAAAAAAAA